CUCCUGGACCCGGGAGACGAAGGCACACAGAGGUGUAGGGUAGGACCCGCCACCCUGUCCUUCCUGGGAGCCAGGAUCGGCGCCCCGCUGAGAAUCUCCCUGCCUGCGGGCUGCUGCUUGUGCACGGCGUGGCCCAGGCACGACUUGGCGGACGGGUACGUGCAGGUUGAUCUGACCUGCAGCACCGCCGGUGUAACAGCAAGGGACGUGACGGGCCUCACGCUGAGUGUCAGCCAGCUGCAGCUUCUGGCGUACCGCCGGCUAACAAAGGCGACUGUGAGAGUGGUCCUGAAGAGUGCUGCGCUGAAAAAGUCCACUCCCAGAGCAGUGUUGCAGGAGACAAUCAGAGAACUGCUAAGAAAUACUUAUGUUUCACUUCAUUAUGUUGUUACUGUUGCCCCCAAUCUCGAAAAUCCUGUUAUGUAUAUUGAAAUACUGUCUGUAGACCAUUUGGUGGAUGAAGCUGGAUUGAUAACCCACCAAACAAGCAUAAAGAUUAAGGAGGUGAUCAUUUACGAAUGGUACAGACAUUUAUCAGAAGACACUGCAAAAACUUCAAUUGCAGGGCUAGAUGAUGUGGGAAAGUCUUUGAAAGAAAUUAUCGAUCUGCCUUUCCGCUUUCCAAAGACUUUUAAGAAGCUAGGCCUUUCUGUUCCUAAUGGAGUGCUAUUAAUAGCUACCCUUAUGGUAAAGGCAGUAGCCAAAGAACUGGGUGUGUAUCUGUUGUGCAUCAGUGGCCCAGCCCUCUAUGGUUCAAGACCAGGAGAAAGUGAAGAGAAUUUACGAAGAGUCUUUGAAAAGGCCAGAGAAAUGGCACAUGAAGGUCCAACUGUUCUCUUCAUUGAUGAAAUUGAUUCUUUAUGCCCAAAGCGAGGAAGUUCAAACAAUGCUCCUGAAGAUCGUAUUGUUGCUCAGUUACUAACGCUGCUGGAUGGUGUUGGUAGUGAGGGUAAAAUGGUCGUUACAGCAGCAACAAACAGGCCUGAUGCCUUAGACCCUGCACUGAGAAGACCUGGGAGAUUUGACAGAGAGGUUGUUAUUGGGACCCCAACACUUACACAAAGAAGAUCCAUCCUGCAGUUGCUUACAUCUGGUAUGCCAAUUUCUACAGAUGUUGAUUUGGUUAAACUGGCAGAAAUGACAACUGGGUAUGUUGGAGCUGACCUUACAGCACUCUGCAGAGAAGCUGCUAUGCAGGCUGUGUUCCACAGCUCUUUGGAUUCAGCUGAAAAAAUGAUUAACAUGGCAGACUUCCAAGAAGCUUUUAAAAACACUCAGCCAUCCUCUUUUCGAAGUGCAGUUGGACUAACAGAGUGUAAACCUGUCACUUGGGAUCAAAUUGGUGGUCUUGAAGAUGUGAAAUUAAAGUUAAAACAGAGUAUUGAGUGGCCUAUGAAAUUUCCUCAGGCAUUUGCUAGGAUGGGCCUGUCUCAUCCAAAGGGUAUUCUUCUGUAUGGGCCAUCAGGGUGUGCCAAAACCACGGUGGUGAAGGCUCUGGCCACAAGUUGUCACUGUUCCUUUUUCUCUGUAAGUGGUGCUGACCUCUUCUCACCUUACGUUGGAGAUUCAGAGAAGAUUUUGUCUCAGGUUUUUCGCCAAGCAAGAGCGAAUACCCCAGCAAUAAUAUUCCUAGAUGAGAUUGACUCUAUCUUGGGGUCUCGGUCACAUUGCAAAACUAGCCAUGGUGUCUCGGAGCGGGUUCUUUCUGUUCUUCUCAAUGAGUUGGAUGGUAUUGGGCUGAAAGUCACAGAAAGAAGAGGAAGCAAGCUGCAGCUUGAGGGUCAAUGUCAAGAACAAAGUGAUGAGGAAAGAAAGCUAGAGUUUCAGGAAACUUUGAACAAGGAUUUCAUGGUAGUUGCUGCAACAAAUAGACCAGAUAUGUUGGAUGAUGCCUUACUGCGUCCUGGAAGGCUAGACAAGGUCAUCUAUAUUCCACCUCCGGAUCUGAAGGGAAGGCUUUCCAUUUUGAAAAUCUGCACAGAAAAAAUUCCAUUAGAUACUGAUGUGUCAUUACAAGAUGUGGCAGUUCUAACAGACCUCUUCUCUGGAGCUGAUAUUGAAAAUCUGUGCAAGGAGGCUGCUUUGUUGGCAUUGCAAGAGAAUGGACUUGAAGCAACUGCUGUAAAACACGAGCAUUUUGUAAAAUCAUUGAGGACUGUAAAACCAUCCUUAAACAUGAAAGACUUGGAAUUUUAUGAAAAAAUCUAUAAUCAAGAAUUAGCUUCCUGAAUCAAAAAGGAGUGAUGUAGCAUAGGUAUUCUUAAAUACAUCACAAAGUUUGCAAUGG